UCAUGGUUGCACCAUGGAGAAAGUUUCUGAACUGAAAGAUCAGGGCAACAAGGCACUGAGUGCAGGGAAUAUUGAUGAAGCUUUACGCUGCUAUACUGACGCCUUGGCCCUUGACCCCUCAAACCAUGUCCUAUAUAGUAACCGCUCGGCUGCACAUGCCAAAAAAGGCAACUAUGAGAGUGCCCUUCAGGAUGCCUGUCAGACCAUCAAGAUCAAGCCUGAUUGGGGCAAGGGUUAUUCUCGGAAAGCAGCUGCCUUAGAGUUUCUUGGAAGAUUUGAGGAUGCUAAAGUGACUUAUCAGGAGGGACUCAGACGAGAGCCAAGUAAUCAGCAACUCAAGGAGGGUUUGCAGAACAUCGAAGCCCGGCUAGCAGAAAAAAAGAUGUUGAACCCCUUUGCCAUGCCCAACUUGUUUGAGAAACUGGAGACAGACCCUCGGACCCGUGAACUGCUAUCAGAUCCAAGCUACAGAGAACUGUUGGAGCAGCUCAGGAACAAGCCUUCAGAGCUUGCCACGAAACUGCAAGAUCCUAGAGUGAUGACCACACUCUCUGUGUUGCUUGGGCUAGACCUGGCUGGAAUGGAGGAGGAGGAAGAACCAGCUCCCCCUCCCAAACCCAAAGAGACUCAGCCACCCCCUCCGAAGGAGGAGGACCUGCCUGAGAACAAGAGAAAGGCUCUGAAGGAAAAAGAACUUGGGAACACUGCAUAUAAGAAGAAAGACUUUGAUGCUGCACUGAAACAUUAUGAGGAGGCAAUUAAGCAUGACCCUACCAACAUGACUUAUAUUUCCAAUCAAGCAGCUGUGUACUUUGAGAAAGGUGACUACGAAAAGUGCAGAGAGCUGUGUGAGAAGGCCAUCGAUGUGGGCAGAGAGAACAGAGAGGAUUACAGACAAAUUGCAAAGGCCUUGGCUAGAACUGGCAACUCUUACUUCAAGCAGGAGAAAUACAAAGAGGCCAUUCAGUAUUUCAACAAGAGUUUAACUGAGCAUCGCACCCCUGAAGUCCUAAAGAAGUGCCAACAGGCAGAGAAGAUAGUCAAGGAGCAGGAGAAACUUGCCUACAUCAACCCUGAAGUCGCGCUGGAAGAGAAGAACAAGGGCAACGAGGCCUUCCAAAAAGGAGACUAUCCUGUAGCCAUGAAACAUUACACUGAGGCCAUCAAGAGGAACCCCAAUGAUGCCAAGCUCUUCAGUAACAGAGCUGCCUGCUACACAAAGUUGUUGGAGUUUCAGCUUGCUCUGAAGGAUUGUGAGGAGUGCAUCACACUCGAUCCCAACUUCAUUAAGGGCUACACACGCAAGGCAGCUGCUUUGGAGGCCAUGAAAGAUUUUUCCAAAGCUAUGGAUGCAUAUCAGAAGGCUUUGGAGCUUGACUCUUCCUCAAAGGAAGCCACGGAGGGCAUUCAGCGUUGUGUCAUGAGCCAGGCUGUAAGGAACGACAGCCCCGAGGAGGUGAAAAGAAGGGCCAUGGCAGACCCCGAGGUCCAGCAGAUCAUGAGUGACCCAGCCAUGCGAAUGAUCCUGGAGCAAAUGCAGAAAGACCCUCAGGCACUCAGCGAUCACUUAAAGAAUCCAGUAAUUGCUCAGAAGAUUCAGAAACUCAUAGAUGUGGGAUUGAUAGCCAUACGGUGAUGGGAGAAAACGGCCUGACUCCUGAAGAAACUGCAAGUCCACAGUGGGGAAAAAAAUUGCAAUUCCUUCCAGUUAUUGGAUCCUCAUCUCUUUUUGCCUUCAAAUGGCCCAGUCUCAGACUUUAACAUGUUUUUUUUUUGUUUUUUGAAAUCAGUCAUAAUUUCCACAUUAUAAUGAUGGAAGUAUCUUUCGCCCUCUGCAAAAACAACUUCACAACACUCCUUCUGAAGGAAAUAGUAACAAUAUUGGCAGAAAAUUAUAAUAAUUUAAAUGAGGUGCACCACCCAAGGCAAAAAGGGGAAAUCCACUCUUAAGACGGUUCACAUAUAUAUGUCAAUUAAACGCUUGUUAACUUAAAUAGUUCAGGAAUUCAAAGUUAGGAAUUAAAUUGUUACAUGACUAAAACCAAACAAAUGGUAAUGACUUGACUCAUAAUUUCAAAAUGGUCAUCCUUUUUUUUCCAUUGCCUUGAUCACUCCCAAGUAUAUGCUGGCUAAAAGAUGGAAAGACCCAGCCCUUAGUGCAUCUCCUCAUUCUCCCAUCUACUGGUUUUGAAAACACAUCUCUCAAUUCCUAGCCCAGUGAUACUCAAUCAUUUGCCAUCAAGGACCGUGUGUGUGUGUGUGUGU